AUGGCUUUAGAAAUGUGAUCUAUUGAAUGUUUUCGCUGUAAAAAUAAUUAUUUUCCUAUAUUGUAAUCUAUAGCAGUCUACCCCAUCGAUACCAUACCACAGUGGAAAGGCAUGUAGGCUGUUGCGUGCCGCUUAAGACACAAGAAAAGUGAUGAGAGGACCUGGAUCUUUUGGAAAUAUCAGGAAAUUCCAAAAGUAGCCCCCUUCAGAGAGCUCUUGGUACGAUUAUGGUUGCAAUUUUUAAACGAGUGGUAUCAAGCUGAGUAUUGGCUUGUUGCGCUGUGCUCAGUCAGGAAUUACAGUCCAAGCUUAUUUGAAGCUGAGAAUGAGCUUGGCUAACAUUGUUUGAGCUCAAGCUCCAGCUCAGCUCAUCCUGGUGGUGUUUUUAUCAUUAUACAAAAUGUAACCUAGUCAAGACCAGCAUUGCUUGAGCUCGGGUCAGUUCGCUUGAUAGUGGUUGAAAGUUGGGUUGCAUUCGAUACGUAAAUGAAAUUGAAUGAACUUGAAAAGCUGAAAAUGAGUCGAGGUCGAUCCAUUCAUCAACAACUAAAUUGUGUCUACUCUAAAUGGCAGGUAUAUAAUAUUGGUCGUUGAUGAGUAUGUAAAUUGUGAAUCCCUACAGUUUGUGUGUGAGAGAUGUUGGAUGUGUAACUCAUUAUAAGCAUAAGUCGACUUCAUUACAGUUUGCCUAAUUUCUGUAUUUUUUAACUGCAUAGAACUUAAAGCACCGGUUAUGGCUCGGAAAAAAGGAUUCAUAUCUCAUCUUGUAAACUAUGCCAACUCAGAAAGCUAUGCUAACCUAUUUUUUCUGUCCUCUUCAACAAUCAGAAAGUCUGAACAGCGGCAGUUUUGAUAAAAUCUUGCAUUGAGGCCUAUGAAAAUUACAUAUGCUCCACGACAGUAGGAGCUUCACUUCAAAACAUCUUUCUGAGGAUAUAUUUUCUUAAGCUGUUUUUCGACACAGAAUAUUGCAAGUUGUUUGUUGUGAUUAGUAUACCAGUUUUCAUAAUUAUUUAUCAUCCUGCCUUCAGGUGGCUGGUAGACCACAUGAUUAAACUUGGCUUCUCCAAGUCAUUGUCAGAAUGGAUAGGCAGCAACCUCAAAAAAUCAGGAGAACAUGAGACAUGGGCUUUUAAUCUUGAAGGUGCUGUUGAUAUGUUCAAUUCUUACCGGGAGACGGAUUAUUGGCCUUUGCUGGAGCACCCGCCUAAAUGGAUGGAUGUAUCUAUUGUGCGCGCUGAGAAGAGCGACAGAUGGGACACUGAUGUGAUUCAGAGGCUUGAAAGCCUUGCCAAUCGAAGGGUUGAUGAAUCUGAGGGGAAGUUUUCAGUGCAUGUUCUUCCCAACUCCGGCCACUGGGUUCAUGUGGACAAUCCAAAGGGACUCCUAGAGAUUAUGGCCCCCAGAAUUGCUUCCCUAGCUUAAUUCAGUUCUAUUCUGGAGGUUGUGACUUUGAUUAUUCGAACGUAAAUCUCUUGAGUUAUUUUUCUCUUAGAAGGGUUUCUGGUAAUUUGAUGUUAUUGUUAUCGUGGUCAUCAUUGUCUUGUCGAGAGACAAAUUUAAUCGCAUUUGAUGUUAAGUUUGAGUUUUCAUGAA